UCAAAUAUAUUAAACAGAAUAUGCAAAUUAAAUUAACAGCUUAGAUUUCUUUAUUUAUCUUUUCCAAGUAUAGCCUACUCAAAUUGGUUGAAGGUCAAUAAUAUGUUUCCAAGCACGGGUCAAGGCCCAAAAAAUGUUGUUCAAAAUGCAAGACAAGCAAGAGAAGAACGAGCAUUACAGAAAAAACAAGAAGUUGCCAUCUUGAAGAUUCAAGCACUUGUGAGAGGAUUUCUCUCAAGAAGAAAAUUUUGUCGAUCUUGGAUGGAUGAUAUUGACAUUAUCAUUGGAUACAAAGAAGAAAAACCGUACAAUGUGUCAAAAACUAAGCAUAAUUCAUCUAACACGAACAUUGUAUCAACUUCAAAACCUGCUGUUGAUAAUAAAAUGACACAAGAAUGGCAAUUUAAAUCAUUUUCUUCAUCAACACUCACAGGGACUUAUGGCAAUUUAUCUCUUAAUCAAAACAAAAAUAUUCAGGAUGCUAAUCCGAAUAAAAAUGAAACGAGCGCUGAACAAGCUUCCUCCGAUAAAAUCAACUCCGCACAGACAAGCUCUGUGAAAACAGAAAAUUCUGAAAAUAUAUCUAUAGAAUUGGCUAUAACACCAAAAGUCUUGAAUGGCACUGAAAUAUUCGAUGUUACAAAACGAUUGCUAUUUAUAUUCAAACUUGAACGUGACAAAUGGAGAUUUGAAAAAUUAUGCAAAAUAAUUUUGGACAAUUCAAAUUCAGAUAAAAAUAUAAAGGUAUCAUAUUGCAGUCUUUGUGUAAGUAAACAAUUUGCAUUGCCAUGGAUACAGCAAGUUAAAAAUCUAUUGAAGAUAUGUUGCCGGUAUUUGGUUGUAUUAAAUCCACAAGAGCAUCAUAGCUCACGAUUGAUCAACAUUUGUCUAAAUAUGAUGCUUUUAUUUACUGAUGCAUCCGAAUGGAAAAUAAGUAAAAAACAGCCAGCACUGAAGGUAAUAUUAUCUCAGAUAAGUAACAAUAUUUCCCUCGAUUUACUAAAUCGUUCCUCAAUGCAAAUUCUCGGAUCAUUGCUUAAUAAAAAAGUGGCAUCCAUGCAGACCCAAAAUAAUGAACCUAUAUUACUGGCUGCGUUCACCAUGGCAACGAGACCGCUUAUCACCAGUGGUGUAAAAGAUGACAAUCUAGUCAUUUUUGUUAAAUAUAUUUUAUCAGUUCCAGCGCUUAUCAGCAAUAAAACUAUACCUCAUGGAGUAUCUGUCUUAAUUAAAAAUCAGAUAUUACAUCGAAUUUUAUCAUUACUACAUGGUGAAGGACAGUGCAUAGCUUACAAAAUGUUUGAGAAGAGACACAAUUCAUCAAACACAGCCAUAGAUGUUCUAUGCACUGUCGCGAAUCUUGGACAACUUGCUGUAUUAGAUAAGAAUGCUUUGGAGGGAAAUUACAUGCAGUAUGUGUCACUCAUAAAUCAGUUACUUGAUUAUUUAGUUCAAUGCAGUUGCCAACAAAAUGCAUCCUCUUCUACAACUUGGCACCCAGUUCUCGGGUUUUUCAAAUCUUCAGAAAACGCACAAAAUCAGUCAAUGAGGUUUGUUAAAAUACAGCUUGAAAGUUACUGGAACCCUGCCUUGUUAAGAGCAGUCUUUCGAGACGUUUUGACACUUGAAUCAUUACAUUCUGAUGAUGUCACUCCCACUCAAGCUGAACAACUCGCUACAAAAGUAGUUCAAAAAGCGAAGUUGUCUGAUAGAGUUUCAUCUUAUUUGAAAAAGUUUUCGAUGUCGAAGUCUAGAGUUGCUUACAAACCAACAGGGGGUCGAAAACUCGAAUAUGCGGAGGUAAAAAACACUAUGUCGACCUGUUUAAUGCUAAGAAAGCUGUUGGGUGUCAUUACCAAACAGUUGCAACUUGAAAUGUUAACUGGACUCACUUUUAUGGAUGAAGUUUUAUGUAGAUUAUGGAGAUUUAUUUGUGAAUUGGGAUCUUCUGGCGGACUGAAAUUAUUCCUUUCUGCAUUGACUCUACCACCUGAUGUAGCGGAGCCAUAUUUUGCUGUUUUUACCCUGUUUUGUGAUAUGACAGCGCAUAUUUUAUCCAUUCUUGAUGAUAUUGAAUUUUACGAGGAACAGAUACCUUUUCAUUUGGAAGAACUUGUCACAAUAUCAGAAUCUUUAAAAACCUUUGUAUUUCGAAUCAUUUGGGAACAUAAGCUAUCUAAUCCAGAUCACCAAAUGUAUGGUGUUUUUGAAUCAGCGUUAACAUUACUACUGAUGCUUUAUGAUAGAGAUGCUAGAAGACCAUUUACUCCUAUUGGCCAUUGGAUAUGUAGGGAUGUUAAAAUGAGUACAAUUUGGUCUGAAAUUGAGAAAUCUUCUACAAGAGGCUUAACUGUGAUUGAUAAAAUUCCAUUUGUGAUUCCUCAUAAAGAUCGAGUUGUAUUGUUCAGAUCAUUUGUGGCAACAGAAAAAAAUGCAUAUUAUGAUGAAAUUCCGUCACAUAUUACUGUUCAUCGAAGUCGGCUUUUAGAAGAUGGUUUCGAACAACUUAGCGCGAUGCAGAAUAUAAUGUUAAAGGGAACAAUUCGAGUAAAGUUUAUCAAUGAUCUAGGACUUGAUGAAGCGGGAAUUGAUCAAGAUGGCGUUUUCAAGGAAUUUUUAGAAGAAAUUAUUAAAAAAGUUUUUAAUCCUGACAUGAAUUUGUUUCGAAUUACUACGGAAGAGGAUGGAAAGCUUUAUCCAUCACCAUCUUCAUAUCUCCAAGAUGACCACCUUCGACUGUUCAAUUUCGUUGGACGAAUGCUUGGAAAGGCUGUAUACGAAGGUAUCGUAGUUGAUGUGCCAUUUGCAACAUUCUUUUUAAGACAUUUGCAACAGCAACAUAGUUUAUUGUACAGUCCGCUUGACGAAUUGCCUUCUCUUGACGCAGAAUUUUAUAAAAAUUUAACAUGGAUUAAAAGAUAUGAGGGUGACAUUUCUGAUCUCGAUUUGACAUUCACUUAUGAAGAAGACGUGAUGGGACGACUUGAAACUCGAGAAUUGGAACCUGGUGGUGCAGCUAUUCCUGUUACUAAUCAAAAUAGAAUAACCUAUAUUCAUAAAUUAGCACAUUAUCGUCUACACACCCAAAUAAAAGAGCAAACUAGAGCGUUUAUAGCAGGCUUCAGAUCAAUUGUUAACAAACAAUGGACAUCAAUGUUUUCUGCACCUGAAUUACAAAGAUUAAUUUCAGGUGACAAUGUUGACUUAGAUUUAUCAGAUUUGAAGAAAAAUGUAACUUAUUAUGGUGGAUUCCACUCAUCUCACAGGGUUGUAAAAUGGUUGUGGGAUAUUUUAGAAAAAGAUUAUACUCCACAACAACGAGCUGCUUUUCUCAAAUUCGUUACUUCAUGUUCGAGACCACCUAUUCUCGGCUUUACACAUUUGCAACCAACAUUUUCUAUCAGAUGCGUUGAGGUCUCGGACGACGAUGACACAGGGGAUUCUGUUGGCACUGUAUUGAGAGGAUUUUUCAGAAUAUCUACCAAGAAACAAAGCGGACAAAAGCACAGACUUCCUACGGCUUCAACGUGUUUUAAUUUGUUGAAACUUCCUAAUUAUCCAUCGAAAGACAUUUUAAGAGAUAAGCUCAAACAAGCGAUAGCCAAUAAUACUGGAUUUGAAUUGUCAUAAGCAUUUUUGGGAAUAUACAAGAUCUUCCAGCAUUAUCUGUUGUUUGUCAUUGUUUUGUGUUAAUUUUUUUUCCGGAAUCUUGCCCUAAAAUUUUUAUCAAUCAUAUUAACUGACAAUUGCUUGUUGAGGAUUAUAAUUAUCCUCAUUUAGUGUAGUGUAGGUUUUCAUAUUCACCCCGCGUUUGAGAAGAGAGUCAGCGUGAUGACUUGUUCAGAUGGCCUCUCGUCAGAUUACCAGUCAAUGUGGGAAAUAGUUAAAACAAUUACUAGUUCCAGAUGCAUGGAUUUGAUGGUGGACGAAGCCGUGAACAACCAGUGAUUACAUCAACCUCCCUUCGGUGAUGAGCAGUCCAGCAAUCCUGUCACAUAAUUAUCCCCAUUGCGAGCGCGUUUUCAACUUGGUAUGAUGCACCAACUGCUCGCUGUGUUUCAGAAAUUGGACAGAUAGAAGCUUCAUAUAAGAAGCUUUUCUUAUGACUACCGGUAUUUAUUGUUUUCAAUAUUACUUCUUGAUUAAGAAAAUUGCUUGUUAUAUGUGCUAGAUUUGCUUGAAUCAAUGUUCAGGUAAUCAAUGAUUUUAGUUUGACCUCAUUCUACUUUUCAUAUUAUAUUGAUUUCUGAUGUAUCUCAUGCUCAUGGUUACUAUAUGCUUGUAACAGCUAAUCAGCACUCAGCAGCGUUUAAGGUGGUGUAGAAAAUUUGUCUGAUUUUUGUCUUUUGUGACAAAUUUUGUAAACAUACCGGUAUUAAAUGAAAUAAAUAAAGAAAAACUUUCAUUUUUUUGUGAUGGCAUGCGCAUUGUUUAGACAGUAAUUAUGCCCAAACUAAAAGAUACUGUUCAUUCUAUAAAAAUUGUAACCUUAAAUGCAUUCCAUUGGUGGCUUUUGUAGAUUCGUGUUUGGCCGUAGAAGUACGGUGGGUGUUGAGCAUCUACGAGUUAGUUCAUUAUAGAUGUUAUGUACUGUGAAAAUUUACCUUUCAAAAUUUAUUGUAUAAAGGAAGAAAUUUAUAUGCGAUCUUGCUUGUUAUGAAUCUGAUCUGUAUUAGAUUAUGAUUUUGUUCUUUAUUAUUAUAUAUGGAUAGUUGUCGUAAUUAAAACUUGUUUGUAUCAGUUUUGUUUGGAUUAUUAAUGUUUAAAAUUGGAUAUCAAUUCGUCCAUUGUACAGCGAAAUUAUAAUACGUUAUAAUUUGUGAGAAAAAGAUUUUUGAAAUGUAUUUUUCAAUAAAAGUAUCUAAACUUCUGAUUUCUCAAAUUUCUACUUUUUUCAAGUUAAUCUUUGGAAAUUUCCAAAAGUUGUUCAAAAAA